AUGCGUCCUUCAGAUUUCGUCAAAGCCUCACUUCCAACUUUCGCUACUUAUGUAGCUGCAACUGACAACCCGGGACCGUUUUCCUUGUAUGCUUACGGUCCGGAGGUUGGUGGCUUGUCGUUAUUCUCUGCAGGCGAUGCGAUUUAUGUAGGCAACUACAGCCGUGUCGAUGAUGUACAAGCCGCACCAAUCGAAUUCACGAUUACCAACAAUGAGUUAAAGGCUUCCCCCAACAUGACGGACCUUCCCGGCGAUAGAAACCCUACCUGGUCAAAUAAGUCGCUCGUCGUCCCCGGUCCAUCGUCUGCACUCAAGACUGUCAAACUGGUCAACAGCACAGCCAACGCUAGCAACUACAACUCAGACUUUAUGUUUUACGGAUCCUUCUUCAUGGCUCGGGAGGAUGGAGCAAUGCUUUCGCUCUGGUAUAGAAAGGACACUGACAUUGAGGGCGUUUAUACGGUUGGCUGGAAUGCUUCAACUUCUGCUAAGUCAGAUGAAGUUGUGCCUCUUACUUUGAAGAGGACAGCGCCGUCUAAUCCAACUGAUUAG